UUAGCUCUGAUACAUUAAUACAUACAAAAUUUCCACACUUUUACAAUUCUCUUUGACUUUAUACAUUGAGAGUUUUGAAGGAAUAUCAAUUCAAGAUGCGUAUCCCGGAGGUGGACAUGUGGAAUGUUAGCAAAUCCAGUCGCCUACAACGUCAGGUCAUCCUCAAAGCCAUGCCCAAAGGAUUGGCGAUGGUGGACUACGCCGAAAUAUAUGAACAGGACAUGUUCUAUCUGGACUGCCAGGAGUAUCGUGACUAUGCCAAGGACCCCUAUAACAAAGUUCACAUUCCCGCAAGGUUCAAAGUCUAUGUCGGCAAGUGCACUGAAAAAGCCGAUACGGAAUCGCAACGUAUGCUUCAAUUACCUCAAUCGCGAGUCGAUCGCCAACCUAUUGUGUUUCCUAUCGAAUAUCCUCAUGACAUGGCCCUGGGCCGUAAGGAUUGCGACUUUAUUAAGGGUCGCAAUUCCAAGUACUCCAAUCUGUCAUUCAAGCGAUAG